AUGCCCCGCUGCUCCCCCGCUCUAACGCUCCCCUGUGCCCUGCCCACGCUCCCACUCCCCCUCCUCUCCGCUACCACUCCCCUUCCCCCGCGCUUCACUCCCCUUCCCCCACCCUUCCAUUCCCCCUUCCUUGACCCUUCCACUCCCCUUACCCCACUGUUUCACUCCCCAUCCCCCACUGUUUCACGCCCCAACCCCCACUGUUUCACUACCCAUCCCCCUCUGUUUCACUCCCCUUCCCCCACUGUUUCACUCCCCAUCCCCCACUGUUUCACGCCCCAUCCCCCACUGUUUCACUACCCAUGCACCCAUGCUCCCCUGCACCCAAACAUCCACACCCCUACAUCCACGCUUCCCCCUCCCUUCCCCCACGCUUCCCCUCCCCUUCCCCCACGCUUCCCCUCCCCUUCCCCCACGCCAAAACUUCCCUUCCCCCACACUUCCACACCCCAUCUUCCAAUGUUCCACUCCCCAUCCCCCACCACUCCCCAUCCCCCGCUGUUACACACCCUUUCCCUCUCGGUUUUACCAUGCUUCCCACGGGUUCCACUCCCCAUCCCCCACUGUUCCACUCCCCAUCCCCCACUGUGCCACUCCCCACCCCCCACCGUUACACUCCCCUUCCCCCACGCUGCCACUCCCCUUCCCCCACGCUGCCACUCCCCUUCCCCCACGCUGCCACUCCCCUUCCCGCAAUCUUCCAGUCCCCUUCCACCACGCUUCCACUUCCCUUCCGCCCAACGCUUCCACUUCCCUUCCCCCACGAUUCCACUUCCCUUCCCCCACGAUUCCACUUCCCUUCCACCACGCUUCCACUUCCCUUCCCCCACGCUUCCACUUCCCUUCCCCCACGCUUCCACUUCCCUUCCCCCACGCUUCCACUUCCCUUCCGCCCAACGCUUCCACUUCCCUUCCCCCACGAUUCCACUUCCCUUCCCCCACGAUUCCACUUCCCUUCCACCACGCUUCCACUUCCCUUCCCCCACGCUUCCACUUCCCUUCCCCCACGAUUCCACUUCCCUUCCCCCACGCUUCCGCUCCCCUUCCCCAUUCGGUCCUCUCCCCCCAUCUCAUUGCGCAUCUCCCAUCCCCUCUGAUCUCACUCCUUACUCCGGUUCCCUCACGCUUCCACUUCCCUUCCCCCACGCUUCCACCCCCCUUCCCCAUUCGGAACCACUACCCCUUCCUCCACGCUUCCACUCCCCUUCCCCCACACUUCGAAAUCGGCAAAUUCCACUGAUUCACUCCCCUUCCCCCAUUGCUUCACUCCCCUUCCCUCACUGUUUCACACCCCUUCCCCCACUGUUACCCAACCCUUCCCCCACUGUUAGACUCCCCUACCCCCACGGCUCUAUUCCCCUUCCCCCACGCUUCCACUCCUCUUCCCCCACGCUGCCACUCCCCUUACCCCACUGUAUCACGCCCCUUACCCCGCAGUUUCACUCCCCUUCCCCCACCGUUUCACUCCCCCCCCCCCCACUGCUUCACUCCCCUUCCCCCACUGCUUCACUCCCCUUCCCUCACUGUUUCACACCCCUUCCCCCACUGUUACCCAACCCUUCCCCCACUGUUAGACUCCCCUACCCCCACGGCUCUACUCCCCUUCCCCCACGCUUCCACUCCUCUUCCCCCACGCUGCCACUCCCCUUACCCCCCUGUAUCACGCCCCUUACCCCGCUGUUUCACUCCCCUUCCCCCACCGUUUCACUCCCCCCCCCCCCACUGCUUCACUCCCCUUCCCCCACUGCUUCACUCCCCUUCCCUCACUGUUUCACACCCCUUCCCCCACUGUUACCCAACCCUUCCCCCACUGUUAGACUCCCCUACCCCCACGGCUCUACUCCCCUUCCCCCACGCUUCCACUCCUCUUCCCCCACGCUGCCACUCCCCUUACCCCACUGUAUCACGCCCCUUACCCCACUGUUUCACAACCCUUCCCCCACCGUUUCACUCCCCUUCCCCCACUGUUCCACUCCCCUUCCCCCCCUGCUUCACUCCCCUUCCCUCAUUGUUUCACACCCCUUCCCCCACUGUUACCCACCCCUUCCCCCACUAACAUCCCUUCCCCCACACUUCCACUCCCCAUUCUCCACCGUUCCACUCCCCAUCCCCCACCAUUACACACCCCAUCCCCCUCGGCUCAACUCCCCUUCCACCACGCUUCCACUCCACUUCCCCCACUGUUGCACUCCACUUCCCCCGCUGUUUCACUCCCCUUCUCCCACUGUUCACACCCCUUCCCCCACUGCUCACUCCCCUUCCCCCACUGUUUCACAGCUCCGGUGCAUCCACGGCUCAGCAUGA